CCCGGGCGGGCGGGGAAGGCGCGGGGCGUGGUUUGCAGCUUUCCGAGCGCCGAGGAGUGGAGCGCGCUCUGCUGUGCCCCGAGCCCGCGGCCGAACCGAAAAAGCGAGCAGGAGACCGAGCCGAAGGGGCGAUCGAGGGAGCCAGGCCAGCGGGGCGCCAACCUGGGCCGGCCCCAGCCCGCGCCCUCGCCGGGCAGCAGCGGUUCACUCCUUUCACUGAGAUGGACAUGAUAUAAUCUCCAUUGGGUCGAAGGAUGGCAUCCGGUCCUGUGCUCCCCACCGAAGAUGAGCAGGUUUCCUGGGGCAUUGAUGAUCUCCAUAUUUCACUGCAAGCUGAGCAGGAAGACACUCAGAAGAGAACCUUCACCUGCUGGAUAAACUCGCAGUUGGCAAAGCACACUCCUCCCUCAGUUAUAUCAGACCUAUUCACAGACAUUCAAAGGGGGCAUGUCCUCCUGGACCUCUUAGAAGUACUCUCAGGACAGCAGUUGCCUCGAGAUAAAGGAUCUAAUACAUUCCAGUGUAGACUCAAUAUAGAACAUGCCCUGACAUUCCUAAAAAGCCGAUCGAUUAAGCUAAUCAAUAUUCACGUUGCUGAUAUUAUAGAGGGAAACCCAUCCAUUAUUCUUGGCCUGAUUUGGAUAAUAAUACUGCACUUUCAUAUUGAGGAACUUGCCCAGACUCUUUCUUGCAAUCCCAGUCAACCUUCCCUGGACGAUGUGAGUGUGGCUGAGUCAUCUCCUACCUCAAGUCCUCCUGCGAAGAAAUGCUCCAAAGCCCAAAAACGGUGGCAGAUGUCUGCAAAGAAAGCUCUUCUCUUGUGGGCUCAGGAGCAGUGUGCCACGUCCGAGUCUGUCAGUGUGACGGAUUUUAAGUCAAGCUGGAGAAAUGGGAUGGCUUUUUUGGCCGUCAUUCAUGCCUUGCGACCAGACCUCAUUGACAUGAAGAGUGUGAAGCAGAGAUCCAACAAAGACAAUCUGAGAGAGGCCUUCAGAAUUGCAGAACGAGAAUUAAAAAUCCCCCAAUUGUUGGAACCAGAAGAUGUGGAUGUUGUCGAUCCUGAUGAAAAGUCAAUCAUGACCUAUGUGGCGCAGUUUCUUCAGUAUUCAAAGGAUGCACCUGGGACUGCAGAUAAAGCUCAGGGGACGAUGAAAGAUGUUAUGGUCUGGUUAACUCAACAAGAGAAAAAACUACAGAAGAUGCUAAAGGACUCAGAAAAUGAGACCUACUGUAAGAAGUAUGAAAGUCUGCUGUCCUUUUUGGAGUCCUUCAGUGAAGGAAAAAAACCCGUUUUGGACAUCCUGUCGAUGAAAGGGAAUCUGGAUGAGCUGAAUGAAGAUCAGUUACAGUUGAGAAAAGCCUGGGAUGGCCUCAACUACCAGAUUAACGUGUGGAAAACAAAGCUGAAUGAUGACUUGCCUUCUCCCCUCCACCAAAUCGAAGCUUGGCUCCGGGAGGUAGAGGGGCUUACAGAUGCUGCCUUGCCCACCUCCCACGAUUACUAUGAAGCCAUAGCGCUAAUGGAAGAGAAAAUGGCUUUAUUCAAGAAUCUGAUGGAUAAAUGUGACUGUCACUCAAAAACUCUCCUGGCAUUUGAAAAUAGAGAUGAAAAACAGUUGCCGUUGGUACCAGCUUACAAAUUGGAGGAAAUGAAAAGACGAAUCAACAAUAUUUCGGGGAAAAAAUUCAUUCCACUUCUAGAAUUUCAUUACUAUAAGUGCUCAGUCCUUGGUUUGCUAGAUGAAGUGAAAUCAAAAUUGAAGGCUUGGAACAUCAAGUAUGGGAGCAAAGAAUCGGUGGAAUUGCUGCUGGAAGACUGGCAUACAUUUAUUGAAGAAAAAGACUUCCUAGCUCAACUUGAAUCUUCUUUUCAGAAAUGUGAAGAAAUUCAUAAGAAUUUGGGUGGAGAAUAUCAGAAUGUUAGUGAACAAUAUACGAUGAUGGAACAUAAUAUCUCUAUGUGCCGAAAAAGCAUAGAUAAUGUGAGGUCCACUCUGCAGAAGGUUCUGGCAUGCUGGACUACGUACACGGAGAAGCUCCGCUUCCUAAAGGCUUGUUUUGAGGAGACAAAGAAGGAACAAAUUACAGAGGUUCCUUCUGAGACACUAUCCCAGUGGAAUCUUGAACACACCACUUUAAACGAAGUGGGAAAUUUCUUAAUUCAAGUCAGCAAUGAUGAAUUUGGAUCAUCGAUUUCUAAAGAACUGAGAAGGCUGAAUAAAAGAUGGAGAAAGUUUGUUACAAAAACUCAGCUCGAAAUGAAACUGCCACUUAUAAAAAAGCAGGAACAGCCCGUUCAUGAUAAUUCUGAAAAUAUGCAGCCAUCUAAAGAAGAAAAACCAAUGGUUGACUCUUCAACAGAUACUCCAUUGGAACUUCCUGAAAAUCACGAUCAGAAUAUAAAGGCUGGGGAAGAACAUGAAAAAGAAAAUGAAGAAUUCACAGGGCAACUAAAAGUGGCUGAAGAGGUCGAAAAACUCAUUGGAGAAGUAGAAAUCUGGGAGGCAGAAACCAAAUCUGUUUUGGAUCUUCUGAGACAUAAAGAUGAUGUAGAUACUUCAAUGGAAGAAUCUUUGCAGCAUCUUAUUGCCAAAGGCUCUAUGUAUGAGGAGCUUGUGUCUAGAAUGGAAGACACUUUACAAAUGGAUGUACAAAAUAUUUCAAGCCAGGAGUCCCUUGAACAUGUUCUCACUGCUGGACUUCAGGCAAAGAUUCAAGAAGCUAAAGAGAAAGUCCAGAUCAACAUGGUAAAAUUAGGUGCAAUGUUGAAGAACUCAGCUGAUGUCUCACCAGACCUGAGUGCCAGGAUGAAGGUGGAAGAAUCCCUGAAGGAACUGGAAUCAUACAUUACAAGGGCUGAGCAGUUACUUGGCCAAAGAGAGAGCCGGAGUGGACUGAUUUCAAAAUACAAGGAAGCACUAUUAAUUUUUAAUACUAAAAGUCUGGCCAAGUAUUUGAAAGCUGUUGAAGAACUGAAAAAUAAUGUCACUGAGGAUGUAAAGCUGUCUUUGGAAGAAAAGAGUAGAGAUGUCUGUGCCAAGUGGGAGUCUCUUCAUCCUGAACUGUCCUUGUAUAUUCAACAACUAAAAAUAGACAUUGAAAAAGGAAAAAUUAGUGACACUAUUUCAAGACUUGAAAAACAAGUAAAUAAAGAAAAGAAACUAAUUCGGCGAGGAAGGACCAAGGGUCUCAUUAAGGAACAUGAGGCCUGCUUUUCUGAGGAAGGCAGCCUACACCAGCUUGAUCACCACAUGGAGGUCCUGCGGGAGCUGUGUGAGGAGCUGACUUCCCAGAAGAGUCAACAGGAAGUGAGGAGGGUGCUCAGAGAGUAUGAACAAAAGAUAGAAAGACUUCGGAAAUGUGCCUCUGAGAUUCACGCGACACUGCAGCCCCCUGUGGGAGGCACGUCGAAAAACAAGGGGACCGCGAGCACAUCUGAGAAUGGAGGAAGGAAUGGCCACAGUGAGGCGCCAUCUGCAAACGCAGAUAAUCAGCCAUCAACUGAGAAGGCAGUGGGAUCGAUUAAGAAUUUGAGCCUGGCAUCAGAGUUGAAGCCUGAACAGGAAGAAAAAGAUCGCAAUACAUCUAUAAGUAGUUUACGAGACAGGUAUGAUACACACACAGAAACCCUUGAACUACACCUGCAAAACAACAAAGUUAGGAUUACUUCUGAUUUCCCUAGCGAUGGGGAAAGGAGUAGUGCUUGUCUGCAGGAUAAACUGGAAGAUCUACAGGGCUUAAAAAAUGAAACUGAUGCUUGUUGGAAAGAGUUUGAAAUCACGUCAUUGCAGUUAGAAGAGCUUGAGAGUGACAUAAAGAAGCCUUUUAUAAUUAAAGCAAGAGACAAAUUAAAGGAGAAAGAAAGAGAGUUCCAGAUGACUCUUAAUACCAGAAUGGAGUCUCUGGAGACUGCGCUGCAGCUUGUGGUACCUGUGGAGAAGGCAUCGCUCCUUCUCUGUGGCUCAGACCUGCUCCUUCUGCAUGACGUGGCCAUUGAAGAAUUUCACUUCACCGAUGCUGAUGGCAUUUAUCAAAACCUGAAGGAUAUCCAAGAUUCCAUAGCAAAACAGAUAGACAUUUGUAACAAUUUGGAGCAGUUGGGCAACUUUGCAUUAAAGGAAUUACACCCACUUGAUUUUCGGGCAACACAGACUAUUAUCCUGAAACACAGAUCACAGCUUGAGGAGACGAACCACAGGAUCCAGAGGAGUAGAGAUGCCCUCAGGGCUCUGGAGGACUUUUUGGCUUCUCUGAAAACAGCUGCGCUCCCCGGUGGGCUGGUCACAGACCCGUCAGCCUCGGGUACACAGGUGGCACCAGAGGAUACUUUGACAGUAAAAAAUAAGGAGGGAGAAAUUGAUCUGAUGAAAGAGAAGGCCAGGCAUUUGGAUAAACGUUUGAAGAUGCUUGACAUAAGCUUUAAAGAUGCCGAACGGGGUGAAGACACGUCCUGUGAGAAACUUCUCAAUGAUCUGGCCAAACCCUUAUUUGAGACCCGUGGCUCUGGCGGACAGGAGGAACUCACGGAAGAAGACAAGUUACUAGACACUUGUAUUUUCAAAAAUAACGAACUCCUGAGAAGUAUUCUAGAGGUGCAGAGUCAAAUCAGUAAAAUUGGUCUUAAGGAUCCGACGGUUCCGGCUGUAAAACAACGAAAAAAGUCAUUAAUCCGACUGGAUAAGGACCUAGAUGACUAUGAAAAAGAGAAGAAACACUUGCAAGAAAUGGCGCGUUCUCUUCCACAAUUCAAAGACGGCAGAGAAAAAGCUCUGAAUCAGCAGUGCCAGAACACAGCGCUCCUGUGGGAGAGCACCAAAGCCUCCGUCACCGAGUGCCUUGACCAGUGUGAACGCGUCUUGGAGCUCUUAAAACAAUAUCAGAAUUUUAAAAGCGUCUUGACAACUUUGAUUCAAAAAGAAGAGAAUGUCAUCUCCCUGCAGGCUUCGUACAUGGGGAAGGAUAACCUGAAGAAAAGGAUAGCAGAGAUUGAAAUUGUCAAAGAAGAAUUUAAUGAACAUUUAGAAGUUGUUGACAAGAUUAACCAGAUCUGCAAAAAUCUACAAUUUCAUCUAAAUAAAAUGAGAACCUUUGAAGAGCCUCCUUUUGAAAAAGAGGCUAAUGUUAUUGUGGACAGAUGGCUUGAUAUAAAUGAGAAGACAGAAGACUACUAUGAAAAUCUGGGUCGAGCUCUAGCUUUAUGGGACAAACUUUUUAGCUUAAAAGAUGUAAUUGAUGAGUGGACUGAAAAGGUCCUUCGGAAAAUGGAAUUACAUCAACUCACUGAAGUGGAAAGAGAUAUGCUGAAGGCAGAAUUACAAGUCCAUGAACAGAAACCCUCAGAAUUUUCUAAAAGAGUGGCUAAAAUACAGUUUCUGCUUCAAAGCAGUGAAAUACCUUUGGAAUUGCAGGUCAUGGAGUCUUCUAUUUUGAACAAGAUAGAACAUGUGAAAAUGCUCUUAACAGGAGAACCCAGCUGCUCUGCCCUCAGUGGGAACACAGCUGAGCUAAGGGAGGACCUCGACCAGGCCAAGACCCAGAUCGGGAUGACUGAGUCCCUCUUGAAAGCCCUGUCUCCGUCCGACAGCUUGGAGAUCUUUACGAAACUGGAGGAGAUACAACAGCAAAUUCUGCAGCAAAAGCAAAGUAUGGUAUCACUUGAGAAUCAGAUAGGCUGCCUGACUCCUGAACUCUCUGAAUUAAAAAAGCAAUACGAAAGUGUCAGUGACCUAUUUAAUACCAAAAAAAGUGUUUUGCAAGAUCACUUUUCCAAGUUACUGAAUGAUCAAUGCAAGAAUUUUAAUGACUGGUUCAGCAACAUUAAAAUGAAUCUCGAAGAGUGUUUUGAAUCAUCAGACACAAAAAAGAGUAUGGAACAAAAGCUACAAAAGCUUUCUGAUUUCUUGACUCUUGAAGGACGAGGCAGUCAAGUACAGCAGGUGGAAACUGUAGUGAAUCAUGUGAGGAAGCAUCUGCCCAAAGCACGUGUUAAGGAGCUCAACAGUUGGAUUAUACAUCAAGAAAUCGACUUAGAAAAAAUGGAGUCCGUAUGCCAGGUGCGAGCAAAGGAGCUCAAUGACUACUUGCAGCAGCUUCUGAGACUCCAGGAUGACCACAGAGACCUGAGUAAGUGGUUAACUAAUCAAGAAGAGAAAUGGAAAGAAAUGGAGCAAUCAGGAGAGAAUACGGAAUUGUUUUGCCAAGCUCUAGCUAGAAAGAGAGAACAAUUUGAAACUGUGGCCCAGCUGAACAACUCUUUGAAGGAAUGUGGGCUUACUGAAGAAGAAGAAAUAAUACUGGAAUCAACACAUUUGAUUGAUAGAUACCAGGCAUUAUUGAGACAAAUCGAGGAAGAGGAUAAGCUACCUCCUGCCGAGGACCAGAGCUUUAAUGAUCUUGCACAAGAUGUAAUUCAUUGGAUAACAGGGAUUAAAGAGUCCCUUAUGGUUUUGAAUUCAUCUGAAGGCCAAAUGCCACUUGAGGAAACAAUCCAAAAAAUAAAGGAAAUCAUUUUACUAAAGCCUGAAGGGGACGCUAAAAUACAGAGGAUCAGGAGUCAGGCCGCGAACAGCAAGGCUCCAUUGGAUUCCGAGACCGUGACUGAUAUCGACAACCAGUGGGUCAGCACACUCCAGUUAGCCAACACGUAUCUGAGCCAUCAAGAAAAGCUUCUACUAGAAGGAGAGAAGUAUUUGGAAAGCAAGGAGGACCUGAGAUUAAUGCUCACAGAACUAAAGAAGAAACAAGAAGUGGGCUUUGCUCUGCAACAUGGUUUGCAGGAGAAGAAAGCUCAGUUAAAAAAUUAUAAGAAAUUCCUCCAGAAAGCACAAGAUUUGACAUCCUUGCUAAAGGAGCUAAAAUCUCAAGGAAAUUACCUCUUAGAAUGCACUAAAAAUCCCAACUUCAGUGAAGAGUCUUGGCUGGAAAUAAAACAUUUACAUGAAAGUCUUCUUCAACAACUACAGGAUUCUGUGCAAAAAUUGGAAGGUCAUGUUCAAGAACACCACACAUACCAGGUUUGCAUAACAGGCCUGAAUACCGAAUUGGACAACAUCUCCAAGGAAUGUGUUAGUUUUUCUGACAAGCCUGUGGAUCCAAUAGAAGCUGAGGAAAAACUGCAGGAACUGCAGGAACUAGAGAAUAGACUCCGUUUACAAGAUGGCACAUUAGAGAAGAUUUUAGGUUUAGCAAAAUCCAUCGAGCAAAAUACAUCUUCAGCGGGACAGAAGAUUAUUAAAGAGGAUAUAAAAUCACUUAAGUGUAAACAAAAAGAUUUGGAACGCAGGCUUGAAUCUGCUAAGCAGGAGAUGGAAAAUUAUCUCAACAGCAUUCUCAAAUCAAAGUGCUCCACAGGAAAGAAAGAGAAGUUUCCUUUGCCAGGCAGAGGGAAGCAGGUCACUUCUGACGCGCACGAGUCCACUCAGGGCUCAGCCGCAGUGGAAAAGUUGGAGGAAGACUUGGAAACAAACAAGAAUUCAGCUGUGGAGAUGCUUUUGUCAAAACAACUUUCUCUCGAUGUUCAAGAAAGCAUGAAAAACACUGAAGAUGAGCAGAAAGUCAAUGAGCUGCAAAAUCAACCUUUAGAAUUAGAUGUCAUGUUAAGAAAUGAACAAUUAAAAGAGAUAGAGGAAUUAUAUGCCCAAUUGGAAGCAAAGAAAGCAGCCAUUGAACCCCUGGAACCAACGGACUAUCCCAGCACCACAGAAACCAGUGCCUUGGCUCUCCACAGUCCAAGGAAGUCAGCGCAGCCCUGGGACAGUCUGCUCCAGGCACUUACUGCUUUGAAGAAAAACAGAGAACGCCAAUGUCGUCUUCUGAAAGAUUUUCAGGAACACCUUGCUGCUAGCGAAUCCUCGCUGAAAGUCUUGUUGACAGAGAAGGAAAGUCUAAAAGUGGGAUCACUGGACAGUGCAACCUAUGUGGCCAAAAUUCAAAAAUUGCUGGCAUCAAUAGAAAAAGAGAAAGAUUCCUUAAGCAAGUUGAAAAUUGAAUGGGAAAAUAUAUCAAACUCGCUGAGUGACAUGGAUAAGAAGUUGUUGGAAAGCCAGGUCAGGCAACUUGAACAGGGGUGGAAACAAGCAGAACAGCUGGUCCACAGGAAGUAUUCUCAGCACGUGAUGGAGCAGGAGGAGCUGACGUUUCUCAUGAGUGAGGUCCAAGAGCUGGGCAUCUCUCUGCAGCAGCAGCACCAGCGUCUCCGGUUGAGGCUGGGCUCCCCGGAGGGACAGGAAAGGGGCACCGGCACGGUUGCCUUGGCUACUGACCUCCAGGCUGUCAAGCAUAGGUUUUCUGUUUUAAAGGCGAGAGCCGAACUUCAGAUGAAGAGGAUUUGGGGAGAAAAAGAAAAGAAGAUUUUGGAAGAUGCGAUAAAUAAUUUGCAGAAGCAAUUGGAAGCAUCGGAGCCAUUAAACAUAGAGGCGGACAGUGAGAUCAAGAAGAGUGAGAUAAGGAACAAGGUGAAAGAGACCAUCUUAUGGGUGAAGAACCAGUUAGGUGAGCUCGAUGCCACCAUUUCCCUCCUACCAGACGGCAUCCUUUCCCAGAUCCGAAAAUGCAAAGUGAGGCACGACGGCAUUCUGGGUCAGCAGCGGGCGCUGGAGGCGCUGGCGGAAGACGCGCAGGAGAGCAUCCCCGACCUGCCCGCCUGCGAGCGCGAGGAACUGCAUCACCUCCUCCAGGACUUACAAGGUCAGUGCCAAAUGCUCGUUUUGAAAUCCACUCAAAGAUCGCAGCUGUUGGAACUUAAAUUGGAAGAACGAAGCACGUUUGUUGCAGAAAUAGGGAAAGUUCAGCUCUCACUCCAAGGAAAUGAGACACGGAUAAUUCCCCAAGUGGGAACAACCUCCACCGAAGCGGAACUGCGGCAUCAGCGAGGGGCGCUGACCGCGUCUCAGGAGGAAUUGCAAGAAAUCGCGAGUGGACUCUCGGCGCAUCUUCAGGAGCUCGCGCGCCUCUGUAAGGACCUAAGUGUGUUUGAAAGACUAUUUCUGGACGAUCAGUUGAGAAGUCUGGAGACCAGAGCCAGCAGAACACAGAGAUUCAUUCAGCAUAAAUGCAAUGAGGUAGAACACAAGAUACAAUUUUCCAGAGAAUUCCAUGAGCAGACAUCUGCGCUUCAGAAGGAGCUUGAUAACAUACAGCACAAUGAGCUGCUCCUGAGUCAAGAAGUGAAUGGGGGUGCGGAGGGGGGGCUCCGUGGCCUCCAGGGGCGCCUCCGGGGUGUUCAGUCCAGCAUCCGACAAGCACUGAGACUCAAAGAAGCGUUUGACUCCCUGGGACUCCACUGGGAUUGCUCCCAGCUUGACAUGUUACGAUCCCAAGUAUUUGAAAAAGAGAGAGAACUCGAAGGAAAAAUUAAGCAGUUGGACACAUUUAUGGCAGAAUGUGGCAAAUAUCAAGCAUCGCUAAGUAAAUUGAGGGCGAUGGAUUUGCAGAUUAAGAAAAGGGCCGAAGCAGUACUAACAACCCCUCCUACUUCUCCGGAAAGCCGUCUGCUCGGUGCUCAGAUGUUGAGUCAGAGAAUCGAGAGAGCCAUGUGCUUGUAUCAUGAGAUCGUGAAGAAAUUAAGUGAAAAUAAGGCCUUUGAUGACUCCUUCAAAGAGGAAGAGCUACUACAAACAAAGCUGCAUGCAGAAGAAAAUGAUAAGUUGCGUAAGGUUCUCCAAAAUAUAGUACUAGAAUCCCAACCAAAGGAAAUGGAUGAAGAGAGUUUUCAGGAGAAACUAGAAAAUUCCUUCCAUGCUUUGAACCAGAUAAAAUCUCAGUUACAGCAGCCUUUACUUAUAAAUUUGAAAAUGGAACAUAUUCAAAAGGAAAUGGAUGAUUGCGAAGCGUUUCAAGAACGAGUUCGGGCAGAAAUGUGUGGCAUUAAAGGUGUAACUGUUACUGAGAAGCAAAGAGAGAAAACCUCUUCUGCAGCUAGUGAUGUGGAGACGAAAUUACGUGACAUUGAAGAGCUGCACGGUCAGCUUAAUGCAAGCAUUGAUAUGCGCACAAAUGUCUUGAAUGAUGCUCAUGAAAACAUGACCCGCUACAAUGAGGCAGUUUCCAGGGCAAUGGGGGUCGUUGCUGCCCUUGAAGCCAUUGUUGCAACCCAUAGAGUAGACCUGGAUCAUCCAGAAGAAUCACUGGAGUUGCCUCGUGGGAAACAGGAGGAAUUGGAAUCCACAAUAACAGACAUCCAGAGCCUCAGUGAGAAACUGGGGGCCAUCUCCAGCCCUGACGCCCAAGUACAACUUCAGUGCACUUUGCAGGAACUGGUUUCUAAGAACUCAGCCCUGAGGGAGGCAGUCAAAGUAAAGGAAGCGGAAAUAGAAAGGUGUCUCGAGAAUUACAAAUGCUACGGGAACCUUAAAGAGAAGAUCGGCACUGACCUCAGCCGAACGGAAGCAGUUCUUGCGCAGUCCAUGGCCCCGCUGCCAGUGUCCUAUAAAGAAGCUUUAGAACGCUUGGAACAGAGCAAGGCCUUGGUGUCAAAUCUCAUAUCAAUUAAAGAAGAGUUUAUGAAACUACGACAGGUGCUCAGACACCUGAGACCCACAUUCACAGAUAAUGACGGCAUAGGUUUGCUCAGAAUCGUGUUGGCUCUGUGGGAGAAAUGGCUGAGUUUGCUGGAAGUUGCUAAAGAAUGGGAGAUGUGGUGUGAAGAACUGAAGCAGGAGUGGAAAUUUGUCAAUGAAGAAGUUGAACGAGAGGCAAUCAUUUUAGAUAAUCUUCAAGAAGAACUCCCUGAAAUUUCCAAAACGAAAGAGGCAGCCUCCACGGCGGAACUCUCUGAGCUGCGGGAGUGUCUGCACCAAUACGAGGAGACGGCAGAGAAGCAGCAGCUGCUGCUGCUGCUGCUCCUCCAGCGCUGCCGGAGCGCCCAGCGCGCCCCGGCCUCCCGGAGCUCUGGCGCCUCGGAGCCUGCCCCCGCUGUCCGGGAGAUUACGGCCAUGCAGGAGCGAUGCAAUAAGCUUUUUCAGAAAGCUCAAAAGAAUAAGGAAUUGGUGCAGAAUGAAAUCCAAGAGAGACAUUCCUUCACAGAAGAAUUAAUUACGUUGAAGAAUUUAUUUCAACAGACCACAUCUUCUCUGCAAAAUAUGGGAUUACAAGACCACCCAGAAAGGGCAGAGCAGUUUGAGGAGCUCCAAAGCACCUUUAAGAAAGGGAAGCUAACCUUAGAGAAUAUUAUGGAAAAACUCCGAAUCAAGUAUUCUGAAAUGUACACCAUAGUUCCCGCAGAGAUUGACACGCAGGUGGAAGAAUGCAGAAAAGCUUUGGAGGACCUAGAGGAGAAGAUUAGCAACGAAGUCUUGAAAAGUUCACCAUCAUAUGCAAUGAGUAGAAAAAUAGAUGAAAUUAACAAGGGGCUUCACAAGGUUGAAAAGAUGUUGCAGCAGAAAAGCAAAAGUAUUGAGAAAGCUCAAGAAAUUCAAAAGAAAAUGUGGGAUGAGCUAGACCUCUGGCAUUCCAAGCUCAACGAGCUGGACUCGGAGGUGCACGACAUCGUGGAGCAGGACCCGGGGCAGGCUCAGGAAUGGAUGGACCGCCUGAUGGUUCCUUUCCAGCAGUAUCAGCAGGUGUCCCAGAGAGCAGAAGCUAGAACCUCACAGCUGAACAAGGCCACAGUUAAGAUGGAGGAAUAUCAUGACCUUUUGAAAAGCACUGAGGCCUGGAUAGAAAAUACCAGUCGUUUGCUGGCUAACCCUGCUGACUAUGACUCUCCAAGGACACUGAGUCACCACGCCAGCACCCUUCAGAUGGCUUUGGAAGAUUCGGAACAGAAACAUAACCUUUUGCAUUCCAUUUUCACGGAUCUAGAAGACUUGUCAGUGAUUUUUGAAACAGAUGACUUAGCACAGUCCAUACAAGAGUUACGCCGUCAGGUAGCAGCUUUACAGCAAAACAUCAUGGAGAGCCUGCCCCAGAUUCAGCGAAUGGCCUAUGAUGUGGUUGCUAUUGAAACUGAGUUAAAAUCAAUGGAGAAAAGAGUUUCAAAAAUCAAAGCUAUUCUGUUAUCAAAAGAAAUAUUUGAUUUUUCACCAGAAGAACAUCUCAAGCAUGGGGAGGUCAUACUUGAAAAUAUACACCCUAUGAAGAAAACCAUUGCUGAAAUAAUGUCUUACCAAGUGGAACUGAGGUUACCCCAGACGGGAAUGAAACCCCUGCCUGUAUUUCAGCGGACAAAUCAGCUUUUACAAGAUAUAAAGCUGUUGGAAAACGUGACUCAGGAACAAAAUGAGUUAUUAAAGAUAGCCAUAAAGCAGACUAAUGAAUGUGAUGAGGAAAUAGACCACUUGAAAGAGAUGUUAAAUAAUUACUCAGCUGAGCUCUCCCCUGAAGACACGUCACCAGACCAGGCUGCCAGUGUGCCGCACGUGCAGGGAGAAGUCGAAGGCAUUGAAAAGCAGAUCAUGAGUCUGAACCAGAAAAAGGAAGACCUGCUGGUGGACUUAAAGGCCGCCGUACUAAACCUUCACCGGCAUUUACAGCAGGAACAGCAAGAAUUAGAGAAAGACAAGGAAAUGCUGUCACCAGGAGCAUCGGAAGACGACGGCGUGGCCGAGAGGGAUGUGUCUGAGUGGAAGCUGAACCGAAGAGCCUCCCUGCCGUUCCUGCCAGCGGUCAAGGAAGAGGCGGAAGAGAGCUCCCUGAAGAGUGAGAGCGGAGAUAAAGCGAAGCCAUCUUCUGGGUCUUGGUCUUUCCUCUGGAAGCAUGACAAGGACAGGGAGGAAGAUACAGCAUCCUCGUCCUCUGGCACGAUCAUUCAGGAGGCAGCUGGGAAAAUCAGCACGUGUGAUAGUUCCGCGGCACAAGUUCUUGCAGCAGGCUCACUAAACCCUGAGCAAGGCCCAGCGUUUUCCCCGAGCCCCGACCAAACGGAAGGGGGUGCCACACCUCCUAUCAAGGCUGCAGCCCUGGGCUUUUCCGUCGAGCAAGGAGCUUUUCAUCCCCCGGCGGAGAACCCUAGACCCGAGCCUGCUGACGUCCUCCAUGCCUGCAAGACCCAGGUGGCCGAGCUGGAGCUGUGGCUGCACCAAGCCAGCGUGGCAUUCGAGCCGGAAACAUUAAACGCAGACAUGCAGCAGGUGGUGGAACAGCAGCUGGUAGGGUGCCAGACGAUGCUCACAGAGAUUGAGCACAAGGUGGCCUCUCUGUUGGAGCACUGCAGAGACCAGGGCUUGGCGGACAGCGGAGCCACUCAACAGGAGGCCGAAGCACUGGCCUUGAAACUAAAAACUGUGAAGUGCAAUUUGGAAAAAGUCCAGCUGAUGCUUCAGGAGAAAUACAGCGAGGACCAGCAUUCCACCAUUCUAAAGAAACCUUCGGAGCAUCAAAAAGUUCUCCAACCAGAUAACCUUUCUGAAUUUGAAUCUGUUGUCAUGGAAAGGCCGCAAUUCGCCAGACAAAAAGAUUUCCAGCAGCAGGAGGUACUGGAGUUGAAACCAAUGGAACAGAAAGAUUUAGUCAAAUUCAUAGAAUUGAAUGCUAAGAAAAAGUGGCCCGAGGAUUGCCAACAUGAUAAAGAUACAACUCAGAAAUCACCUGUGAGCGGUGAGGCAUCUAGCCCUGAAAAGGGUGCUCCCGACUCGGACUUGUCACACCAGGACCGAAAUGGGGCUAAGUGGCGAUAUUUGCAUCAGGAGCUCUCACCAAAAAUCCGGCCGCCUCUGCCCCCGCUCGUGGAGCCUCAGGUUGCCACAGAUAUGAGUAUUCUACCCAGUGUGAGUGUGUACAACUUUCGAUACCCGACAGCUGAAGAACUGAAGACCUAUACCACCCAACUUGAAGACCUGCGUCAGGAAGCAAACAAUCUUCAGACGCAGGAAAACGUGACAGAAGAAACCUACAUACAUUUGGAUAAGCAGCUAUUCGAACUCUUUCUGACCCUCAGUCAGUGCCUGGGCAGCGUGGAGGAGCUGCUGCAGACACCUGGGCUCUGCAGAGAGGACGUUGGUGCCCAGCAGGUGUUCUACGAGACACUGGCUCUCGAGCUGAAAAAACUGUACUUAGCUCUGAGUGACAAGAAGAAGGAUCUUUUGAAAGCUAUGACUUGGCCUGGCAGGACCGCCAACUUGUUCCCUGAAUGUUUUGAAAAGCUGCAAGUUUACCUGGAGCACACGCAGGCUGCCACUGCGUCCAGGAGCAAGUCCCUGAAAGCCGGCCUCGACUAUAAUCGCAGUUACCAGAACGAAAUAAAGCGAUUGUAUGAUCAACUGAUGAAGAAUAAAACAUCUCUACAACAGUCUUUGAAUGAAAGUAGUGGCCAGAGUAUUGAUGAACAGCUUCAGAAAGCGGAUGCCUACACAGCGGAGCUGCGGAACUCUGAGAGCCGAGUAGCAAAACUCAGGGCCGAGGGAGAGAGGCUUCCUCUGCCUUAUGCUCUACUCCAGGAGGUUCACAAACUAGAGGACGUUCUUGACAGCAUGUGGGGUCUGCUGAGAGCCAGGUACUCGGAACUCGGCAGCCCUGGCGUCACCGAGAGCCAGCAGGACGCUUUGUUGCAAGGCUUGGAGGCACUGGUGACCAUCGGGAAGGAGAAGCUUGCCCGUGAUCACGUACAGCAAACCAAAAGUAAAGGGGCCUUGCAGGCUCAGAUACAGAGUCACGAGCUUUUUUUCCAGAAGCUUGUUGCUGACAUGCUGUUAAUCCAAACAUACUCCAACAAAAUGCUUCCUUCUGUACUGCAAAAGAAAGAGACAUCUUGGGCAGAGCAAGUGAAAGAAGUUAAAUUACUAGAAGAAAAGGCACGCCAGUGUGGGAUAAAGCAGCAGAGUCUGUUGCAGAAGUGGGAAGAAUUUGAUGAGAACUACGCCUCUCUUGAGAAGGACCUGGACAUCCUGGCAUCUACGUUGCCCUCCGUGAGCUUGGUGGAGGAGACCGAGGACCGGUUAGUGGAAAGGAUCUCAUUUUACCAGCAAAUAAAGAGAAACAUCGACGAGAAGCAUGCCCGGCUUUACCAGACUCUGAGUGAAGGCAAGCAGCUGGUGGCCUCCGUGAGCUGUCCUGAGUUAGAGGGCCAGAUUGCAAAGCUGGAGGAGCAGUGGCUGUCCCUGAACAAAAAAAUCGACCAUGAACUCCACAGGCUGCAAACGCUCCUCAAGCAUCUGCUCAGUUACAACAGAGAUGCGGACCAGUUAUCCAAGUGGUUGGAAUCUUCUCAGCAAACUCUGAACUACUGGAAAGAACUGUCCCUCAAUGUGUCUCAGGACUUGGAUACGAUCAGAAGCAACAUAGCCCGUUUCUUUGCGUUUUCGAAGGAGCUUGAUGAGAAGUCCUCCUUGAAGACGGCGGUGAUAAGCACCGGGAACCAGCUCCUGCACCUGAAGGAAGCCGACGCGGCGGCGCUGAGGGCUGCCUUAGCGCAGUUCGAACAGAGAUGGACAGUGCUCAUCACGCAGCUUCCAGGCAUUCAGGAAAAACUGCACCAGCUUCAGAUGGAGAAAUUGCCGUCGCGUAAAGCAAUCACCGAGAUGAUUAGCUGGAUGAACAAUGUGGAACAUCAAACUGCAGGCGACGACGCCGCGCCUUCGCCGAGUUCCGCAUCUCAAGUUAAAAACCUUCUUCAGAAGUACAAGGACUUUAGAAUGGAAAUGGACUAUAAGCAAUGGAUAGUUGACUUUGUUAACCAGUCAUUACUUCAGCUAAGCACCUGUGAUGUAGAAAGUAAGCGCUACGAGAGAACGGAAUUUGCAGAGCACCUGGGAGAGAUGAACCGCCAGUGGCAGCGGGUACACGGGACACUAAACAGAAAGAUACAACAUUUAGAACAGCUUUUGGAAAGUAUUAGUGAGAAUGAAAACAAAAUACAGAUUUUGAACAACUGGAUGGAGGUGCAAGAGGAGCGACUGAAAACUUUGCAGAAACCGGAAAGUGUGGUCUCGGUACAGAAGACACUCCUGGAUUGUCAGGAUAUAGAAAAUCAACUUGCAAUGAAAUCCAAAGCACUGGAUGAGUUGAGACAAAGCUGCCUGACUUCGGAGAGUGGGACACUGCCACUGUUAGAAGACACAGCAUCCAGAAUCGACGGGUUAUUUCAAAAGAGGAGCAGUGUUAUCAACCAGGUCAAUGAGCUCAAGACCUCCAUGCAGCCCCUCCUACAGGAGUGGAAGAUCUACGGUAAACUCUCUGAGGACGUGACUAUGAUGACUCUUCGAUUCGGGUACUGCAUGGAGCACAGCAAGCCUGUGGUUCUGUCAUUGGAGGCCCUGAAGUGCCAGGUGCAGAACCUUCAGUCUCUUCAGGACGAAGCUGAGAGCAGUGAAGGGCGUUGGCAGAAACUCCAGGAGGUGAUUGGAAAACUCAAAGGUUACUGCCCCUCAGUUGCUGAAAUAAUCGAAGAGAAACGCCAACAUACUCACACCAGGUGGACCCAGGUAAACCACGACAUCGCAGAGCAGUUGCAGACGGCCCGGGGUCUGCUGCAGCUCUGGGAGGCCUACACCAGUGCUCACACUGAGGCUGUGACGAGGCUGGACCAGCAGGAAGCAAAGUACCACCAGCUUGCAAACAUCAACAUGUCUGGAAACAACCUGGCAGAGAUCCUGACCCCGGCCCUGCGGGACAUACAGGAACUGCAGCGUGAUGUGCAGAAGACGAAAGAAGCCUUUGUCCACAAUUCCACUCUCCUGGAUCGCCUCCCACCGCCCGCGGAGUCUGACACCCACGUGCUCCUCUCUGGUCAACGGCACUCCCUCCAGAGGGCUUCCUCCUUGGAAAAGAUGCUGCUUGUGAAAGCAAAUGAGUUUGAGUUUGUUCUAUCACAGUUUAAGGAUUUUGGGGACCGGUUGGAAUCUUUGAAAGGCCGUAUUACACAUGAAGAAGAGAAUUUGGAUAAACUCUACCAACAGGAAAAAGAAGAAAAUCCCGACUCAUUCCUGAAUCAUGUGCUCGCCCUGGCAGCCCACUCGCCCGACGCCGAGCACCUGAAUGAAGUGAGCCUCAGGCUCCCACUCAGUGACGUGGCUGCAAAGACGCUGAAAAACAUGAACCGGCAGUGGAUUCGCGCCACGGCGACGGCGCUGGAGCGCUGCAGUGAGCUUCAGGGAAUCGGAUUACAUGAACAGUUUCUUUACUGCUGUGAAAAGUGGGUCCGCCUUUUGGAGAAGAUAGAAGAGACGCUCAAGAUGAGCAUUGCCGACAGCCUUCCCGCCCUCCUGGAGCAGCAGAAGGCAUAUGAGAUGUUGGAAGCUGAAGUUUCUAUAAACCAGACAGUUGCUGAUUGCUAUGUCACCCAGUCCUUACAACUCUUGGACACAACAGAAAUAGAGGAGAGACCGGCGUUGGUUCCGAAGUUCGCGGAGCUGAAAGCCCGGUGGCAGCGCGCCGCGCAGAGCGUGCGGCAGAGGAGGCGCGUGGUGGCUGCGCUGGUGAGGCGGUGGCGGCGUUUCUCCUCCCCGGAGGGGGACUUGCUCCGCUUCCUCGCCGCCACCAGCCAGCUGCUGUCUGCGGUCAGGAGCCAGGACUGCCACAGCCUCGUCCAAACCAGAAGUCUGAUCCAUGAGCUGAAGAAUAAAGAAACUCAUUUUGAGAGAUGGCAAACCACCUAUGAACUAACCUUGGAAGCUGGGGAAAAGUUGCUGAGCACAACUAACCUGGAAAGUAAAGAGUCUGUUAACAAGAGAAUCAGUCAACUUCAGGACAACUGGAAGGACACAAAGACCCAAGUGGGAGAGAUGAUUAAACACUUCCAGAGCAUCGUAGAGACCUGGGACCAGUGUGAAAAGAAAAUCAAGGAGCUGAAAAGCCGGCUGCACGUUUUAAAGGCACAAAGUCAAGAUCCGCUUCCAGAACCUCACGAGGACCUCCAGAGAGAGAAAGAGCUGAUUAAGGAGCUAGAGAAGUCUUUGGCUAACUGGACUCAGAACUUGAAAGAACUUCAAGCUAUGAAAACCGACUUAACCCAGCACAUUCUUGUGGAGGACGUGAUGGUUCUGAAGGAGCAAAUAGAGCUUUUGCACAGACAAUGGGAGGACCUCUGCCUCAGAGUGGCUGUACGCAAACAGGAGAUUGAAGACAGGCUCAAUUCGUGGGUUGUGUUCAAUGAGAAAAACAAAGAGCUGUGUGCCUGGCUGGUGCAGAUGGAAAACAGGGUCCUGCAGACGGCAGACGUCAGUAUCGAGGAAAUGAUCGAAAAGCUGCAGAAGGACUGCAUGGAAGAAAUAAACCUGUUCAGCGAGAACAAGUUACAACUAAAGCAGAUGGGUGACCAGUUGAUCAAGGCCAGCAACCAGACCAGGGCGGCCGAGAUCGAUGACAAGCUCAGUAAAAUUAACGACCGCUGGCAGCAUCUUUUCGACGUCAUUGGGUCCAGGGUGAAGAAGCUGAAGGAGACGUUUGCUUUCAUUCAGCAGUUAGACAAGAACAUGAGCAACCUUCGCACCUGGCUGGCUCGCAUUGAGUCUGAGCUCUCGAAGCCCGUGGUCUACGACGUCUGUGAUGAUCAGGAGAUACAGAAGCGGCUGGCCGAGCAGCAGGACCUGCAGCGAGACAUUGAGCAGCACAGUGCGGGGGUGGAGUCUGUGUUCAACAUCUGUGAUGUCCUGCUGCACGACUCGGACGCCUGUGCCAGCGAGACGGAGUGCGACUCCAUCCAGCAGACCACCAGGAGCCUGGACAGGCGCUGGAGGAACAUAUGCGCCAUGUCGAUGGAGCGGCGGAUGAAAAUCGAGGAGACCUGGCGCCUGUGGCAGAAGUUUCUAGAUGAUUACUCGCGCUUUGAAGACUGGCUCACGUCAGCCGAGAGGACGGCGGCCUCCCCAAACUCCUCGGAGGUGCUCUACACAGUCGCCAAAGAAGAGCUGAAGAGGUUUGAGGCCUUCCAGCGGCAGGUGCACGAGAGGCUCACGCAGCUGGAGCUGGUCAACAAGCAGUACCGGCGGCUGGCCCGCGAGAACCGCACCGACACGGCCAGCCGGCUGAAGCAGAUGGUCCACGAGGGCAACCAGCGCUGGGACGGGCUCCAGAGGCGGGUCACGGCCGUCCUGCGGAGGCUCAGACAUUUCACCAACCAGAGGGAAGAAUUCGAGGGCACGAGGGAGAGCAUCCUGGUGUGGCUGACAGAGAUGGACCUGCAGCUGACCAACGUGGAGCACUUCUCCGAGAGCGACGCCGACGACAAGAUGCGCCAGCUCAAUGGUUUCCAACAGGAAAUUACAUUGAACACCAACAAGAUUGACCAGCUCAUCGUUUUCGGGGAGCAGCUGAUUCAGAAGAGCGAGCCCCUGGAUGCCGUGCUGAUCGAGGACGAGCUGGAGGAGCUGCACCGAUACUGCCAGGAAGUGUUCGGCAGGGUCGCCCGCUUCCACCGGCGGCUGACCUCCCACGCCCCGGGCUUGGAAGAUGAAAAGGAAGCCUCUGAGAAUGAAACAGACAUGGAAGACCCCAGGGAGAUCCAGACUGACUCUUGGCGUAAGAGGAGGGAGAUGGAGGAGCCCUCGUCUCCUCAGGCCCUUUGUCAUCUGGUGCCCCCGGGCCCGGGGCCCGAGCGGUCUGGCUGCGAGACCCCUGUCAGCGUGGACUCCAUCCCCCUGGAGUGGGAUCACACAGGUGACGUGGGGGGCUCCUCCUCUCACGAAGACGACGAGGAGGGCCCAUACUACAGUGCGCUGUCAGAUGUAGAAAUCCCUGAAAAUCCUGAGGCAUAUCUUAAAAUGACCACAAAAACUUUGAAAGCGUCUUCUGGCAAAUCCAUUUCUGAGGGCCACUCAUGGCACGUUCCUGACAGUCCUUCCUGCCCCAAGCAUCGCUACAAACAAAUGGGAGGUGAUAGGAAUGUACAGCCCAUCCCCUCAGAUUCCAGCACCCCUUAUAAACCAGCUUACGUAAAGCUGCUGUUGUCUCCAGGAACCGAUGGUGGCAAGGAAGGCCCAAGCGUCUUGAAUGGCAGCCCCCAGGAGGACGAGGGGCUGGCUCCCCUCACCGGGCAGCAGUCAGGUGCCUUUGACAGAUGGGAGCUGAUUCAAGCACAGGAACUUCGGAAGAAACUCUUAAUGAAACAAGACUUGCAACAGCUGAACGCUGAUGUCAAUGACACCAUCACCGGGCUGAAAAACACUGAAGCAGAGCUGGAAACAUUAAAGACGGCCAAGCCUCCCUCUGGUGUCCAGGAACUGGGACUCAGGGUGAAGAAACUGAAGGAGAUAUUAAACGCCUUGGACACCUACAAGGCUUUGGUGGUCUCUCUCAACGUGAGCAGCAAGGAGUUUCUGCAGACCGGGAGCAGUGAGUCCAAGAAGCUCCAUGAGAGCGUGGGCCAGCUGCGGCUGCACUGGGACGCGGCGUGGGCUGCGGUGGAGAGCUGGAGAGAGGGCUUGCGGCAGUCGCUCAUGCAGAGCCAGGACUUCCACCAGUUGAGUCAGAAUCUGCUCCUGUGGUUGGCGAGUGCUGAGAGCCGGAGGCAGCAGGCUCAUGUCACUGACCCAAAGGCAGACCCCCAGGCUCUCCUGGGGUGCCGGGAGGAACUCCUGCAACUGGAAAAGGAGCUAAUGGAACGUCAACCUCAAGUGAACUCCCUACAAGAGAUUUCAGACAGCCUUCUCAUUAAGGGGCACGGAGAGGACUACAUUGAGGCCGAAGAGAAGGUGCACGUCAUUGAGAAGAAGCUCAGACGGUUACUGGAGCAAGUGUCCCAUGACUUGAUGUCCUUGCAGGGAAGCCAGAUCCCAGACCCGUCUCUGCCCGGCCUGGACGAGGUGGAUGCUGGAGACGAGCCUCCAGCCGUGUACGUGCCAGCUCCCCCGGCAAAGGAGACCGGAGCAGAGAGAACUACCAAAGGCAAGAACAGGACAGCCGGCAGGGUGCCGGGCCCCGCUGACCCAGGCCGCUCGCGGCCGCAGCGCUCCUUCCUGUCCCGGGUGCUCCGGGCGGCGCUGCCCCUGCAGCUGCUGCUGCUCCUGCUGCUGCUCCUGGCCUGCCUGCUGCCCUCCUCCGAGGAGGACUACAGCUGCACGCAGGCCAACAACUUCGCCAGGUCCUUUUACCCCAUGCUGAGGUACACCAACGGGCCCCCCCCCACAUAGAGGCUCAGCCUGCAGCAGCGCCACCACCAGCCUGUGUCCUCGGGAGCCCAGCUCGGGGCCCCAGACCGACCUGUGGGUGACUGAGCGGCAGCACCGCCCAGGGACCUGCUGCGGACGCCUCCCUCCGGGCUCGGCCAGAGAGGACUGGUUUGGGGAUCUCUGGGAACCGCCGUUUCCUGAGGAGCCAAGCACUUUGUGAAUUCUGACUUAUUUGUGAACAUUAUUAAAAUGUAGCUAAUAUGGUCAGGUGAACAGUCCGUGUUCAUCACGUAGUAUAUGUUCUAGAAACAAGCAAGCAGAUUCUGCCUUAGAAAUGGUUCCGAAACUCACGUGCACCCUUGGCUGACUGAACAAAACAACCCC